GCAAACAACACGCCAAAUCUAUUAUUCAAAGUGCACGUAAUUUCUAAUUGAGUGUCAAGUUUAGAGAUGAUAAAAGAGUAUAUAUUUUUGGUGCCUUUGCUGCAGUCAAUUCUUUUGAUUGGCUCCCUUGAAGCGGGCUGUCCUGUUUACCUCACCAUUUCGCUGACGGGCAAAACCCUGCAGGACACCUUUCUCGAGAUCAACUGGGGCCCGAACUGCUAUGGACCACCCCAGUGGGUGGGUAUCUACAGCCAGGAUCCGGCCAUCUCCAACUUUCAGCCCGAUUUACGCAUCAAUGGAAUUUUCAACACAACCGGCAAGAUGCUGACGCCCAUCAAGCUGGGCAAGCUUCGUUUUCCCGGUGGCUGGAAUAAGAAAGAUAGUAGCGAUCAGCCGGCAACGCAAUAUCUCAAGGGCAAGUGCCUGCCACACUAUGUGGCCAGCUACAAUGGCACCGAGCUGCUCACGGUGGAUUGCCUCAAGAUACAGCCCAAUUGGAUGGGCCAGAUCAAGGACAUCAAUCGAAUGGCGCUGAAGGACAUCUUCCUGCCCGGCACACAUGCCUCGGCGGCCGUCUUGGGCUUCAGCUCCAGUAAGUCCAAUUCGAUACUGGUCAGGGAUUACCUGGUGGCCCAGCAGCUCGAUGUUUGGUCGCAGCUGGUCUUUGGCAUUCGUUAUCUCGAUUUUAGCAUAGGAUACAAGAACAUGAACACCGACAAUGAUGCCGAUAAUUUCUGGAUAGCCAACGAGAACAUGCUGAUUACACCACUACUCACAGUUCUGCGUGAUGUUCGUCAGUUUGUUAAAAGAUCUGGCGAAGUGUUAGUUCUGGAUUUCAGUAGUUUUCCCAUUGGCUUUUACAAACACCCAGAGAUCUACAGCUCGCUAUUCCGGCUGAUUCGCCAGGAGCUGGGCGAUGAGGUCUAUCGGCGUAAUGUGGGCAAGGACGAAAACUGCGCCAAUCGAAAUUUCAGCGAAAUACUGCUGCAAAAGAGGCAUCUGGUGAUACUAUUUCCCACGCAGGAGCUGCCCUAUCCGGAGAAAGAAUCGAACAUGCUCUGUCCGCCGUGGCAGCGCUUUAGCACCAGCUUUAUGAAUAUCUCUCAAACUCUGGACUAUAUGCGUCUGUUGUUCAGCAGGAAGCCGGAUUCUCCAGUUCGGAAUGUUGGCUGGAUAUUCACGGCGGUGAGGAGCAUGGAGCAGACACUGAACGCCCACCAAUUGCAGACCGCCAAGGAGCGGGCGGCGGUGCUGAAUCCCAAGAUAAAUAAGUGGCUAAAAGGACCUUGGGGCAAUAAUGCCAAUGUGGUUUCCAUGGACUACUUUAGCAAUACGAAUAUCGUGGAUCUGGCCAUUCAAGUCAAUUCGCACAAGGCCUUUAUCAUGGCUAACCGCGAUUAUGUAAAUUUGGAAAUAUUUAACUUGUUCUAAAAUGUAUAAUACUAUAGAUAACUGCUUCAGUAAUAGAUAUAUUAAUGAAAAUAACACACAACUAGGAGUAAUUUAGCUCAGUGUUAACUGAGCGUACGUUUUAAGAAGGUUGGCACCCCUUGUAACUUACUCAUCAACCAAUUUGUCAAUGUGCUAUUAGCCAGUACACGAACCGAUUGAAAAACAUUUAAGACACGAACCAAGCCCAUACAGUUGCGUAAAAUUAUCGAUUAAAGUCGAAAUUAGGAUGACAGCUGCGAAUGAACGUUAUUUUCAAAUUGUAACAUAUUUCUUCAUCUACAAUCCUGUAAUAUGAAAGACAAUUGAAUUCAUUAAUUUCUGAACCUAGUUCUCAAACAUGUUUUAUAAAAUACACAU